CCCACGCCCGCCAUGUGUUUGCCUUGUAUCCACUCUGCUCGGAGCUGGCCAUGCGAGUGCUGUUGAUGGGUUCCUCCAUGGGAUCUACAGCCUCCGAGGGGCCGAUGGCCCAAAGCUUGCUAUUUAGCACGAGCUGAUCGCACUUGUCCCGACUUUUUAGUUUUACCGCCAGAAUUCGGCUGUAACUGGGGCUGUUCGUUGACAGCUGCGCGAAUAUGUCGGUCUUCGGGGGUAUCCCUCCUCUCGAUGAGAAGGACCAGCCCUCCCGGCUUCCUGAAUCCGACACUGCUGCGUCCAGUGUCACCAGGACAGAGGCUCAAAAUGGCGAGCUAUCAGGGAGCGAGAUGGAGGAGGAGAUCGAGGCCAUGGCACGCCAAUUGACCCGUCGGUCUACGCAUUUCUCGACUACCGACGCAACAAACCCCUUCUUCGAAGACAACAAGGAGUCAAAUCUGCACCCAGACAGUCCCUCGUUCAAGGUCAAGGAUUGGAUUCGAUCUUUACUCGCCGCCCAGGCCGGUGAUCCGGAACGCUUCCGCCAACGCAGUGCUGGCGUAGUCUUCAAGAACUUGAGCGUGCACGGCUUUGGCAGUCCUACCGACUACCAGAAAGACGUUUUAAAUGCCCUGUUGAGUGUGUCUGGGCUGCUGAGGAGCCUGACCAAGACGGGUUUGCAAAAGGUGCAGAUCCUGCACGACUUCCACGGAUUAGUUCGCAGUGGCGAGAUGCUGGUGGUUCUUGGUCGGCCUGGAAGUGGCUGCACGACGCUUCUUAAGACGAUCUCUGGCGAGAUGAAUGGUAUUUACAUGUCUGACGAUGCAUAUAUGAACUACCAGGGAAUAUCCGCCCACGACAUGCAGAAACGCUUUCGAGGAGAGGCCAUCUACAAUGCUGAAACUGAUGUUCACUUCCCCCAACUGUCAGUCGGAGACACCCUGACCUUCGCUGCGCGAGCACGCGCUCCCCAAACACGCUUCCCGGGCCUCAGCCGCCAGGACUAUGCAGCCCAUCUUCGUGACGUGGUAAUGACCAUGCUUGGACUGCGCCACACCUUCAAUACAAGGGUGGGAAACGACUACGUGCGAGGCGUCAGUGGAGGAGAGCGCAAGCGAGUCAGCAUUGCAGAGGCUAUCCUGAGUGGUGCGCCAUUGCAAUGCUGGGACAACAGUACGCGAGGUUUGGAUAGUGCCAACGCCUUGGAGUUCUGCAAAAACCUGUCCCUUAUGAGUAAAUACGCUGGAACGUCUGCCUGUGUGGCCAUCUACCAGGCAUCUCAAAAUGCGUACAAUGUGUUUGACAAAGUGACCGUGCUCUACGAGGGCCAUCAGAUUUAUUUUGGCCGCACCGACGAAGCACAGAAAUUCUUCGAGGACAUGGGCUUCCUCUGCCCUCCACGACAGACCACGGCGGACUUCCUGACCUCGCUCACCAGCCCGAGCGAGCGGCGGGUGCGCCCUGGUUAUGAGGAUAAAGUACCUCGAACACCUACAGAAUUCGCCCAGAGAUGGCGAAACAGCCCUGACUGCGCUAGGCUCCUGCAGGAAAUUGAAGCCUUUGACCAGGAGUAUCCGAUCGGAGGUGAAUCGUUCCAGAGGUUCGGCGAGGCCCGUCGCUUGAUGCAGUCAAAGCAGCAGCGAGCGGGAUCUCCCUAUACACUUUCGGUUUACCAGCAGGUUACCCUGUGUCUGGUUCGCGGCUUCCAACGCCUUCGCGGAGACGCCAGCUUGACGACCACUGCACUGAUUGGCAAUUUCUUCAUGUCGCUGAUCAUUGGCAGUGUGUUCUAUGACCUUCCACAGGACACUAGCAGCUUUUUCGGGCGCGGUGUCUUGUUGUUCUAUGCUGUUUUGCUCAGUGCUUUCAGCAGUGCUCUCGAAAUUCUCACUCUCUAUGCCCAACGGCCGAUUGUCGAAAAGCAGUCUCGAUACGCCUUCUAUCACCCCUUCGCAGAGGCCAUUGCGUCCAUGUUGACGGACAUGCCAUAUAAGCUCAUCAACUCAUUUACAUUCAAUCUGCCCAUCUACUUUCUGUCUCAUCUGCGGAGAGAGCCCGGAGCAUUCUUCACAUACUGGAUCUUUUCCCUUGCCAUCACGCUGACCAUGUCCAUGGUCUUCCGCACGUUUGGUGCGGCAUCGCGCUCACUGUCCGAGGCCCUGGUGCCGGCAGCCCUGCUCAUCCUGGGCCUGGUCAUCUAUACUGGUUUUACGAUCCCGACUCGCGACAUGCUGGGGUGGUCUCGAUGGAUGAACUAUAUCAAUCCUAUAGCCUACGGGUUUGAAGCCCUCAUGGUGAACGAGUUCCACGACCGCCAAUUUACGUGCAUGUCAUAUAUUCCGUCUGGUGAAGGGUACGAGGAUAUCAGCCCACAGAACCGAAUUUGCAGCGCCGUCUCAGCAACGCCGGGGGCAGAUAGCAUCAAUGGCGACGCAUACCUGGCUUCUGCUUAUGAGUACUACCAUUCUCACCUGUGGCGGAACCUGGGCAUUAUUAUCGCCUUCAUGGUCUUUUUCAUGUUUGUGUACUUGACUGCUACUGAAUUCAUCAGCGAAGCUGUCUCCAAGGGCGAAGUUCUCGUCUUUCGACGUGGCCAUACGCCAAAGAUCACCAACGAUGACGAAGCCAGCGGUACCACUCCCGCGCACGACGAUACCAACCCGGAGAGCACCGCCGUUGAGAUUCAACGCCAGACAGCCAUAUUCCAGUGGCAGGAUCUGUGCUAUGAUAUCACCAUCAAAGGGGAACCUCGUCGCAUUCUGGAUCACGUCUGUGGCUGGGUCAAACCAGGCACAGCUACUGCUCUGAUGGGUGUAUCUGGAGCUGGAAAGACCACCCUUCUCGACGUCCUAGCUACCCGUGUCACAAUGGGUGUUGUCACUGGCGAGGUCCUCGUCGAUGGUCUCCCCCGGGACGAUUCGUUCCAAAGGAAAACUGGCUAUGUUCAGCAACAGGAUGUCCACCUGCCAACGUCGACUGUUAGGGAGGCACUGCAGUUCAGCGCGCUUCUUAGACAGCCUGCACACUUCACUCGACAAGAGCGCUUGGAUUAUGUGGAGGAAGUUCUGGUCUUGCUUGGUAUGCAAUCGUACGCCGAUGCUGUCGUUGGCGUCCCUGGAGUUGGUCUCAAUGUCGAACAACGCAAGCGGCUGACCAUUGGAGUGGAGCUGGUCGCACGACCCCAGUUGCUCCUCUUCUUGGAUGAACCGACGUCUGGACUGGACUCGCAGACUUCAUGGUCGAUCUUGGACCUCAUUGAAACCCUCACGAACCACGGCCAGGCAAUCCUAUGUACAAUCCAUCAGCCCUCUGCCAUGCUGUUCCAGCGCUUCGACCGCUUGCUCUUCCUUGCCAAAGGAGGGCGCACCGUCUACUUUGGUGAGGUUGGGGAAAACUCUUCCAUUCUAACCAAGUAUUUCGAACGCAACGGAGGCCAUGCUAUUACAGACGGCGAAAACCCUGCUGAAUGGAUGUUGGACGUGAUCGGUGCUGCCCCAGGCUCGCAUAGUGAUAUUGACUGGCCUGCGGUAUGGAACAGCAGCCCUGAGAAACAGGGUGUACUUGACCACCUGGCCGAAUUAAAAUCAACCCUAUCCAGCAAGCCGAAGGAAGAGGCAUCUCCAGCCGAAUACCAGGAAUUUGCAGUCCCGACAUCGGUGCAACUCAGAGAGGCCCUUAUCCGGGUGUUCACACAGUACUGGCGGACUCCGUCCUACAUCUAUUCGAAGAUUGUCCUUUCUAUUCUGACAGCCCUGUACAACGGCUUCUCCUUUUUCCAGGCAAAGAAUACUCAGCAGGGUCUUCAAAACCAGAUGUUUAGUAUUUUCAUGCUUAUGACCAUCUUUGGUAACCUGGUGCAGCAGAUCAUGCCCAACUUUGUGACCCAGCGCGCACUCUAUGAGGUGCGCGAACGGCCAUCGAAAAUGUACUCCUGGCGCGUGUUCAUGGCCAGCAACAUCCUUGUGGAAUUGCCGUGGAACUUCCUUGUUGCGGUCCUCAUGUUCUUCUGCUGGUAUUAUCCUAUUGGCCUUUACAGGAAUGCAGAGCCUACCGAUGCCGUGCAUGAGAGGGGUGCUCUCAUGUUCCUGUUCCUGGUGACCUUUCUGUGGUUUACUUCGACUUUUGCGCACAUGGUGAUUGCCGGUGUGGACAGCGCGGAGACCGGCGGGAAUAUCGCGAACUUGGUCUUUGCCCUUCUGCUCUUGUUCUGCGGUGUGGUUGCAACACCCGACAACAUGCCCGGCUUCUGGAUCUUCAUGUACCGCGUCUCCCCCUUCACCUACUUGGUCUCAGGGAUGCUUUCGACAGCGAUAAGCGGGACAGACGUCGUCUGCGACACCAUCGAAACGCUAAACAUGGACCCGCCUUCGGGAAUGACCUGCUACGAGUACCUGAACCCCUUCGUCGAAGCAGCAGGCGGCGCGCUCCAGAACCCCAACGCCACGAGUGACUGCGCAUACUGCGCAAUGGCGAAGACGGACGAUUUCCUUGCAGCGGUGCUGAGCUAUUGGAGCGACGCGUGGCGCAACUUCGGCCUGCUCUGGGCGUUUAUCGCCUUCAAUAUCGUCGCGGCCAUUGGCAUUUAUUGGCUGGCCAGAGUCCCGAAGACGGGGCUGAAGAAGCAGAAAAAGAAGACUGCUUGAUCAGGACUCGGCCUACUACUACAGGAUUACUGUUUUAACCCUUGACUCUAUAUCGUUCUACUGAUAGGGGUUCUCUCUUUCUUUCUUUCUCGUCUCCCUCUGCAUAUCUGCUACCCUCAUUCUCUUAGAUUCUCUUCUUCCCCAGCUUCCUCGUCUUUACCAUCUUUUUACCUACUUUCCUUUUCUAAUCAUCGGGAGACUGCUCAUUUAGAC